UGGGGAGGAAGUGCCGCUGCUGCUCGGGAAGUUUUACCUUCUGUCAGUAAAUGUGUUGAACUCAAGACAACAAAAACAAAAGAAAGGAAGCGAUAUCUUUAUAGCGUUGUAGUCGCACUCCGUCAUGGAGUUUGGGGAAGAGUCGUCGCCCGUUCUGGCUUUCGAGAAGGACGCGUUUGAGCUGACGGUGGAGGACGUGUACGACAUCUCAUACGUGAUCGGACGAGAUCUGCUGAAGAUAAGCAGCACAGGCGAGGAGGUGUCCGACCUGCAGUUCAGGAUAGUCCGCGUGUUGGAGAUGUUCGAGACUCUGGUAAACAAAUACAACUUGUCUCUGGAGGAGCUGAGGAUGGAGCGGGACAACUUGAGGAGUGAGCUGGACCGGAUCAUCCAGGAGAGCUCCUCCGGGCAGCAGGGCACGCAAACAGCGGGUCCAAACCAGCUGGUGGUGGACCUCACAGACCCCAACAGACCGCGCUUCACCAUGCAGGAGCUGAAGGAGGUGCUGCAGGAGAGGAACCAGCUCAAGGCUCAGCUCAUGGUGGCCCAGGAGGAGCUGCAGCUGUACAAGAGUGGGAUUCUGCCACAGGCUGAACCAGCCAUGGUGGAGGUGGAUCUGGGGACACAGACACCCACAGUGCAAAGCCCAGCCUUAAUAAAUGAUGCAAAAGAGGAGAAGACAACCAUAGGCAAACUGUUUUCAUUCAGGCGAAAAUAAGAAAAAACUCUCAGAAGAACUGACCAUGUAGAAGACUAAAGAGAUUUGUCGGUACACUUUUCUCAUCAUUAACCACUUUUAUAUUGAUUCUUUUUUUACCAUGCCUACUUGUCAAUCUAAUAAGCAUUGUAUUUUGUACUGGUUAUUUGAACCUUAAAUCGUUUAACAUAAUGGAUGUAGUAGAAAUAUAUAUAUAUAUAUAUAUAUCAUGUUGAAAGUUUGGUGAAGAUAUGAAAUGAAACUGGAAAGUAUUAUCCCAAUAGUGUUGGAGAUUAUGUUUAAUGCAUUUACUCGAAAUGAAGUAAUUGAUU